AUGAAGGAACAGCCAGCAUUAUACAACUUGAACUACGAAGAAAUGUGCAGAAAGGAUAGUCUCCUGAACGAGGAAAAUCAUGAUAAACCUGGCAUUAAACUACACUCUGACGCGAAUGGAGUAGAAAUGAGCAGAAAUGAUGAAGUUAUGAAAGAGAAAUCUACAAAUGAUGACAAAUUAGCAGAUAAAGAUCAUUGGUGGGAGCGAUACUAUGGGAAAAAGGAUAUGACCAUCAGCAUGUAUAAUAACCAUCAAGAUGAUGGGGACAAAGUAGUGUUGUUAAUAAUUGGUGAUGGGAAGUAUGGUGACAUAUAUGAACUUACUGAUGGAAGACCUGAUGUGAGUGGAGGUGGAUGGGGAUGUCACGAGGAUGGAGGGACAAUAACUGAUGACCCUCCUGAUAAGGAUAAAACGGAAGAUAAAAUGAAGAGAGGGAUAGUAGUGAUUAAUGCGAGGAAAUUAUGGGCACCCAGCAUUAGCAGGAAGGCCGGUUGGUGCACAGAAGGAUGGAAGGAAAGAGAGCGCGAAAAGAAAACACAACAAAAGUUCAACCGACAAAGAUACGUACCAACCACAUCAUUAUUAAAGCAAGCACAAAAAAGGGAUGGUGGU